AUGAUGACUCAGCACCCGUGUCGCUGCCUCAGGCGUCAACACCACACCACCCGCAAAAUCCUAGAGGCACUUCUCACCUCCCCUUCCCGUCUCCAUCCACACCUCUCCCCUCACCAUUGUUACUGUCCGGUCCACCGUGGUCCCCUUCCGAAAAUGUCGUCUCUAUCUAUCUUCCGCGUUGCGACCCGCGCCGUUCGCCCUACCGGCUUCUUUAGAGCUCCCCAAUUGACCCGGUCCCGGAUGCAGUCCCCGGUCACUCUGGCUGCCGCCCGCGCCCACAACUUCGGUACCACCUCCAUGCUCCGCUCCGGCCACGAGGAUGAGACAUACGAAGAGUUCUCUGCCAGAUUCGAGAAGGAAUUUGAUGGUGUGCAGGACGUUUUCGAGCUUCAGCGCAACCUGAACAACUGCUUCGCUUACGAUCUCGUUCCCUCCGUCGAGGUCCUCACUGCCGCCCUCAAGGCCGCCCGCCGUGUCAACGACUUCCCUACCGCCGUCCGUGUCUUCGAGGGUGUCAAGGCCAAGGUCGAGAACGCUGACCAGUACAAGCAAUAUCUCGAGUCUCUCGAGGGUCUGCGCGUCGAGCUGGGUGUCGCUCUCCGGGAGGAGCUCUACCCCCAGGAGGCGUAAAUUCCCAUCGUCAAUUCCACUUUUACGUCAAUUUUCUCUUAAACACACAGUACCCCCUCGCACGUUGUUUAUCCAGCACUGUUUGACUGGCUGAGGAUUAGGUCAGGUAGAAGAGAAAACUGUAUACAUACUUUAGAGAUCUCUUGUGUUGUUAGUACUGCUGUUGUCUGGAAAAAGGUCCUGUGUGCCUUGGUUGGUUGGUGCUUAAUCUAUCUUGAUUCCAUCUUGUUCAGUCAUCCUGCAUUGUUGUAUUAUCAACCGCUC